UUCGUAAGUUAUUAAUAUUUUCACUGAUACGCUCGACUUCUUCAUCUGAAUCGAGAUUUGCCCAGUCACUCUUCUUUUCUUGUCUCACUGCCGUCGACAUCCUGGUCACUGUGUUCAAUUUCUUUUUGUAAAGCAAAUAUAAAACAAAAAGUAGAAAAUCGAAGAAUAACUACCACCCAAUUUGUACGUUGCCUUUUCUUGUUUGGUGUAGUUGGCUCUAGUCAAGUUGAGUUAUACGUCUUACACCCUCCCAAUGGUUUAAUAUAAGCACAUACCAUCUUUGUACCAACAAUCAAUUCGGUCUUACUUUUAACUUGAAUUAAAUUCUACUAUUUCUUCUAUCUUUGAUUCACCAAUUUUAUCCUUUUUCGAUUGUCUAUAACUUCUCUUUUUUAAAGACCAAGUACAUCGCGAUGGAACUUAAUUCCUAUAAAUUUAGCUCCGAAUUGCACGACGACUUCAAAAUUGUUGAUAGUUGGGUACAUAACGGAACUAAAUGGCUAGAUGACAUUCAACAAUACUAUAAGGAAAGGAGCUCAAUUGAGAGGGAAUACUCUCAGAAGCUUUCAAGUCUUUCAAGAAAAUUUGUCGAAAAAAAGAACAAAAAAUCAUCACUUCUUUCGGUCGGUGAAACCCCUACUAAAUCUGCUGGCUCUUUGGAAUGCGCUUCUUUAACAACGUGGUCGAAAAUAUUGGAUGAACUUGUGCAAUCAUCGAAAAUUCAUCAGAAACUUGCGGAUGAUUUUGUUUAUGAAACUAAUGAGCAGGCAAAGCGAUUAGAAACAAACAUUGACAGUUUAAAGAAGUCUUAUGACAACCUAUAUGAAAAGUUUUUGGAGCAGAGAGAAUACUUAUUGAGUUUGGCUAAAAGAGCUAAAUUGAAUUACCAUGAAUCUUGCGAGAGUUUGGAAUCAGCAAGGCAAAAGAGAGACAAACACAAUGAUGAGAAAACCGAAAAACUAUUUAAAACUUCGCAAAAUGAUAUGCUAGAUAAGAAGAAUAUGUAUAUUCUUCGUAUUCUUGUCUACAAUGCUCAUAUGCAGCGUUAUCAUCAAGAAACCCUUCCAAACCUUUUAGAUCAUAUGCAAAAGUUGAACGAGUACAGAGUGAAAAACUUGAACGAUACCUGGAAAUCCGGAAUCGCAUGUGAAAAACGCUGUUACAAAUCCUUAAGCGAGGAAGCAGAUGUACUUAACUCAGAAAUUGACAAAAACGAGCCUUCAUUAGAUUCUGUAAUGUUUGGUCAGCAUAACGCUAAACCUUGGAAUGAGCCUUCACUUUUGAUAUUUGAACCUAGCCCAAUUUGGCAUGACACCAAUGCGUUAGCUGUGGAUGGUGCGAGUACAAAUUUUCUUCGAAACACAUUGGUUAACUCCAAAUCGGAAAUAGAAAAGGCUGAGGCAGAACUGCAAAACCUAUCGGGUCAGUUAGAAGGUUUACGAGUUGAUGAUUCAACGACACUUGAACAGCCAUAUGAAUCUAAAAUAGCUGCCGUGAAACUAGGGAGCAAAGAGGUUUUAAUUAAAAACACAAUCCACGAUCUUAAUGUACGCGUUAACAAAAUAAUUCAAGAUGCUGGAAAUAUUGAAGAAGGAAUGAAGUUCCACACAUUUAAGGAUGCUAGCUUUAAAAUUCCUGUUAAGUGUUACUUCUGCCGCUCUAAAGUUUGGGGACGCGGUUUGUCCUGUGAGGACUGCAAAUACAAAUGCCAUGUGCGAUGUCAACUAUAUGUUCCUGCUAACUGUGGCCAAUCCCUGGAAGAUGAUCAUGAAGAUGCCACAUCAAGUACAGGGGAUUUCGGCAGCGCUCAACGAGAAGGAUCACUUUUGUCCUCAAACCCAUAUGACACAUAUAAAGAUGGAUACGCUAACAGCGUUGGUUCUCGUCAUGCUUAUGCACCUUCUUUACACCAAACACCUUCUUUGAACAAUGAUGAAACCCAACAUCCUCAGGAUGUGGAGCAAGUGGAUGGGACACUGAUUUAUGAUUUCACUGGAUCCCAAGAAGGUGUCUUGAGUGCUUCACAAGGCCAAACAUUUACUCUUUUAGAACCGGACAAUGGAAGUGGCUGGAUUUACGUGAAAAUUGGCAAUUCUGUUGGUUUACUCCCUACGUCUUAUGUAAAGUUUGAUAUAAACUCAGUUUAUCCAACAAAAUCGGCUACCGAAUCUGUUGAUGAACACUAUGUACAAGCUGUUUUUGAUUACCAAGCACAAGGCGAGUUGGAAAUAAGCAUUCGCGAGGGAGACAUUAUUCGUGUCACUCAGCGCGACGCUGGGAAUGGGUGGUCUGAAGGCACCUUAAACGGUAUUACUGGUCAAUUUCCUGCGAACUAUGUUAUGGAUAUUUAAGUUGUUUUAAUGUAACACAAAAUACAACGCUAAUGAAAUGAGAAGAUAUUGAAAGUUUAUUCUGUAGUUUAACGACGUUCGAGACUAUUUAGCAUUCAAUUACAACAAAACUCAUGAAAAGAGAGAAAACGUUCAUUAAAAAUUUCUAACAAAAAAAAAGGACGAAAAUUACAAUGGUC